AUUUGACACUUUUUAUCCUAUAAAAGGGCAUUUGAGUUGAGUUGGAUAGUAGAGUCUCACAUUAAUAGCAAUUGUUGUUGAAGCCGUGAACACAUAAAUUUUUACAUGUUCAAGAAGUCAAGAAAUUUUUGAAUUGGAAUAAGCUUUUUUGUUAACAAUGGGUUGCAAUACCUCAAAAGUAGCAGAAAAUGCUAUGGAUGUAUCCUCUAAAGUUGGUAAAGAUAAGCUUAAUUCUUGUUCUGAGGAUUUUUCUAUCCUUGCUUCUGAAACAUCAUUUACUAUAGGAGAGGUUGAAAUCUUGAAGGAGUUGUAUAAAAAAUUAAGCACUUCUAUUGUGAAAAAUGGACUUAUUCAAAAGGAAGAAUUUCACUUUGCUCUUUUUAGAAAUCGAAACAAGCGAAAUCUCUUUUUGGAUAGGAUGUUUGAUCUUUUUGACGUAAAUCACAGUGGCCAUAUCGAGUUUGGUGAAUUUAUCCGAUCUUUGAGCAUCUUUCAUCCAAAAGCUCCUCAAGCAGAAAAAAUAAUAUAUUCAUUUAAACUUUAUGACUUGAGGCGUACCGGUUACAUUGAGCGCGAAGAGUUGAAGGAGAUGGUGUUGGCAAUUUUGGUUGAAUCUGAUCUAGUUCUCUCUGAUGAUGUGGUUGAAACAAUUGUGGACAAGACAUUUCUAGAAGCAGACUCAAAAGGUGAUGACAGAAUUGACUUAGAAGAAUGGAAUGAAUAUGUUAGAAAGAAUCCAUCAUUACUAAAGAACAUGACUCUACCUUAUUUAAUGGACAUAACUCUAGCAUUUCCCAGUUUUAUAAUGAAUGCAGAAACUGAAGAAUCGUGCUCAUAGGCCAUAGCUUGAGUAUAUAUAACAACAAUAAGAUUUCACCUCUGAAAGACGCCUACACCUAAUGGUUUAAGCCGUUGUUUCCAUUUUUUCGUUGACCCCAAUCCAAUACGAAAACGAGUAAUGAGUCCCUUUAUGUUGUGGGCAGCAGAGAUUAUAUUCUUAUUUUUCUCUUUGCUUAGUGUUUAAUGCAUAUAGAAGACAUGAGUUUUGAUCCAUGGUAGACCAAAUUUUAAUUAAUAAUCAUGUCCAUUUAUUAAAUGGUUAUUAAAAAUUGGUUCAAGAAAGUGAAAAUGAACAUUAUCAUCUGUAAUACGUCUAACAUGUUCUUUUUUGCUCAAGACCCUACCACGGUCCGUUGUGGUAUGACACAAUCAUGGCAUGUCCAGGAUUAUAAAUAUAUUUUUCAAAA